GUCGACGAGGCAGGCCAGAAUGGCCACCUCCACAUGCUGAAAUGGUUACACUCGAACAACCUCUUCACGUGUUCGUCGAAAGCAAUGGAGAGAGCUGCCCGAAACGGACAGUUUGACGUAGUAAAGUGGUUGCACCGAGUUCAUCACGAAUGCUGCUCUCCGCUCGUCCUGAACGAAGCGGUUGGCCAUGGCAAUCUAGAGCUGGUCAAGUGGCUCUAUGAAAAUGCCUCCAAGUGCUUCCUAGGUGGGUCUCACGUGAGUGUUACGACUGCCGCUGGAUGCGGAGAUUUGAGCGUGUUGAAAUGGGCGCACCAGCACGCCCAGUUGUCGUUCAGUUUUCAAGCCAUGGACGCCGCAGCAAGCAAUGGGCACAUGGAUGUCAUCUCGUGGCUUCAUGACCAUCACCUUGCAGGGUGCUCCGCGUCGGCAGUGUCUUAUGCGGCAUGGAAUGGCCACUUGAACGUUCUGAAAUGGCUGCACACGCGUUAUCCGACCGCAUUUCAGCCGGAUCUAAUGGCUGAUGCAGCCUACAGUGGUCAUCUCGACGUUGUCCGGUGGUUGCAAGAGAAUUAU